UUUGUCUUGAAUCUUAAUUCUUUUUCACUGGUAUAUAAAUCUUGUAUAGUUUUUCUCUCUUUCAACUGAUAGUAUUUAUAAAAUAAAUAAUUUAAAUAAAAUUUGAUCGUAAAAAAGAGUUCAACUUCUUCCUCAGUGAGAAAUAGUUCGCGCGAUCAUGGCGGUAGAUAGAUCCAACGAAUCACACGUACAGUUUCUAUGACUACGAGGAGCCAAAACAUUGCUAUUCCCUCCAUCGCGGUACCUUAUUACCAUUGCUGCCAUCAAAUAGUUGCCUAAGCGAUACACUAUCAGUCACUGAAUUUCCUCGAUUGGGCAACGUCUCCCCACUCACGUCUAACUUACAACUAACUCGCGGCUAACAGCAGACGUUCCGACCCAAGAGUCCAAUUUCCGAAAGAUGGAGUCUGAGAGGAACGAUUCCGGUAAGAUUGGAGAACGGCCGAUUACUCGGUGGCGACGGAACCAGGAAGACGUACCGAGUACCUCCGGAACUAAGAUCGACAGACCGCCGACGGGCAUGGUGAGAGCUCAAAGCAAGUACGAGCGACCAAGAUCGCGACGCGGGCACAAGGACGAGUCGUCGGAGUACGUCAGUUCAGCUACCUAUCGCUCGGCGACACCCGGACGUCUUGCUCUCGCAAGACCGCCCUCGGCGUCCCUUCUGUCUAAUCGCGCGCCGACUGCAGGCCCAGGCCUCAGGAUAGGCUCCGGAAUAGGUCGUUCGAAUACGGGUCUGGCCAAGCAGUUCAAUGUCAACGUGCUGGACAGGCCGAUCACUCAGCACGGGAUAGCGGGCGUGCGACCGGGCACCACCAGGGGUCUACCAAUGACGAGACAGAUUCAAGAUAAGAGGUACUACGAGGGCCUACUGCAGCUAAAGAUAAGAGAAUUGACGCAAGAAAUCGGAACGAUAAUGAAGGACAUUGAGACGCAGAACAAAGAGAAGGCCACUUUUCUACACUACGACAAGAGAGCCAAGAGCUUGGCCGCGGAAUUGACGACUCUACAGACCGAGCUCGCGGACUACAACCUUGUCGUGGACAAAAUGACCCUGGACGUCGACAAAGAAGUGAUCGAGCAGGAAGCCAAGGAGUUGGCGCUGAUGAACGAACAUAGGACGACGGAAGUCGAGCGGAUGUUCGAGCAACGGAAGCAAAUGGAGCAAAGAUUACAUAAGAUGGAAAAGGACAUUGAGAAUGAAAGAAAAAGGACUGAGCAUAUCAUUGAGAGUAUGGAUCCGCACACGAAGGAGAAAUACGACGAUCUGUUCAGACAGAAGACGGAAUUGCAGGAGCAAGCACAGCAGAUGCAACACGAGUUGGACCAACUGUCGAGGGAGCAAGUGCACUUGGAAGAGCAGAUCGCUCUCUCUCAAUUGAAGCAGGAAGCAGUGAAGCUGCAAGUGAGAACCAUCGAGGCGGAGGAGAAGCGGGACAAGUUGCGGGAGGAAGAACGCAGAAGAUUGUCGCCCGAAGAUGAAAAGGAGCAGCUUCUGCAGAAAAUCAAACGCGACAACACCGAUAUUGCCGCGACAGAAGCGCAGAUAGCCGAGAAAGAGAGGAAGGUGGCGGAGCUCGAGCAACAGCUGGAACAGCUGGAGACUGACAUGGAGGACAAUCAGUCGGAGAAACAAGUCAAGUAUCAGGAACUGCGUAAGCGCGAGGAAAUGAUGGAGGAGUUCAUGUCCACAUACGAACAGAACAAACAGGAGGAAAUGGAGAAGCUGGAGAAACUCGAGCGGGAGAUCGUUGACAAGUUGCAAGCUGUGACGAACGCAGUGGAGAACAAUGAGUACUUCACGGAAGCCGAAGAAACGGCAAUUUUACGCGACAAAUUUCCAUACAACGAUUACGAGAGCACGCAUCACGACGACGGCUUCGAAGAUCUGAAGAAAGAUUAUGCAACUAUGCAACAGACGUUCAACAGACUGAGAAUCCUGGAGGAGAAGCUGCAGUUGGAGUCCAAGCAGAUGAAGGAGAAGCUGAAGAAGCAACAGAGCGAGUUGAUCGUCCUGGAAGAUUUGGAUGGCUUGAAAACGCGAAAUGAAUUCCAGCGGGACGAGUUGAUCGCCGAGCGAGAUGGAUUAGUGUCUGAAGAGUCGGUUUGCGAGGACGAGCUCAAAUCACUACGAAUGGAAUACAACGAGCUCAAAGAGCGAUUGAAGAAAUAUACGAUCUAUCCGGAAAUCAGCAGCCUAGAGGAUAAAGUGGAAAAAUUGAAAGAAGAUAAUUCAAAGGUCGAGGAAUUUAUAAGUAAAGAAAAGGAACGCGUUAAUUACGAGCCGUUGAAAGAGAAAGCUUUCAAACUAAUUAACGAUUACAGUGCACUACUCCAAGAGAAUCUGAAAUCUACUUAUUAGAUUGUUUACUUCUUUUAUAAUAG